AUGAAUGAAUGAACAUAAUAAAUGUUGGGGCGAACAGGCGGCGAUAUAGGAAACAUGGAAUCUAGUCCGCGUCAGCAUGAACUUGAAGCAAUUCAAUAACACAAGAUCCGCACGCCAAUUCAAUCUCCAUUAAUACUGGAGAUUGAAAUAAUAGGAUUUCUCAAUCCCAGAUUGUUUUUUUUCCAUUUCUGAAUACCCGAUUUAAAGUCUUUUCUUUUCUUAUUUAUUCAAUUCAUUCAUACAUUCUUGACAUUGGGACUGAAUAAUUUGUGCUGCGGCAGACCAGGUUUGAAUUUGUUUUUUUUCCUUGCUUGAUCUUUCUCUUGCAUGCAGGAAAUUCGGAUUUUGUUUCUUGAGCUUGAUGAUGAAGAUGUCUUUGCUCAUUUUAUAUACAUAUUCCUUCCACUGCUGAGUUGGUUAAUUAGAAUUUACUAAUAUUUUGAGAGAAUAAGUUUGUUGAAAAGGUUGAAUUUUUGUGACAACUCAAAAUAGCGGAGAGGGCAAUAUCCUUGCCAUUUUUAUUCAAUCCAUGUUUUCUCUUAAAUUUGGUUUUGUGGUGGUCAACCAGUGCCAACUUUGUGUUAAAUUAAAGAUGGAUUCUGAUUAAUUGAACAAUUUACAAUAUUUUUGGAGUUGCUGUGUUCAUCUAAAGUGGGAAUAAGUCCCUAUUCCUGUAAAAUUUCCAUUGAUUUGAAUAUUGGAUGCAGUUUUUAUUUGCAGCACUUGGCAUAAUCACGGGGUUAUGAUAGAAUCGUCUGAAUCUUAAAAGAGAGAUCUGUAGCAAAAUGAGGACUCUUAUUCGGGCCGCGAGGAUAUCUAGGCCAGCUUUCAGGGCUAGAGGAAACAUCAUAUAUGAGGACUCGUCUAGAAGAAGAGAUGUUUGGUUCAGAAUGGAUCACCGCUCUAUAUAUAGCAUGUCCCGUAGUAUAGAUGAAUUAUGUCAAAGUAGAUAUAAACUCAUGGUCCAUAGAGCUACUUUAUCGACUGAUGUAGCUACAUUGACUAACGGAGAACUAAAUGGAGGAGGGCCUCUGCUAGAAUACAAGCGUAGGAUAGCCGCUGGUGAACUUUUGGAUGGAGAUGCCUGCCAGCUAAAUACCCUGGCGGAGCUUCAAAGACUGUACAAUGAGCUUGUUGAAAAAGCAGAAGCUUGCCUAUUGGAUCGUUAUGCUACUUCUGAGAAAGCUGGGAGGAGUAGGUGGCUGUGGUCACGUUUUACACCCCAGUCUUCAGAAGCACCCGUGAGAGGACUUUAUCUAUAUGGAGGAGUGGGAACUGGAAAGACUAUGCUGAUGGACUUAUUUUUUAAUCAGCUUCCUUCCAACUGGAGGAAGAAGAGGAUCCAUUUCCAUGACUUCAUGCUAAACGUUCACAGCCGCCUACAAAAGCACAAGGGAGUGUCAAAUCCUUUAGAAGUUGUUGCUGGAGAGAUAUCUGAUGAAGCAAUCUUGCUAUGCCUUGAUGAAUUCAUGGUGAAUGAUGUUGCUGAUGCUUUAAUUCUCAAUCGUUUAUUUGGACAUUUAUUUAGCAAUGGAGUUGUUCUCGUUGCUACUUCAAACCGAGCUCCGGAUAACCUCUACGAAGGGGGGCUGCAGAGGGAUCUGUUUCUUCCAUUCAUUGCUACUUUAAAGGAAAGGUGUGUAGCUCAUCAAAUCGGUUCCUCCAUUGACUACCGGAGAAUAUCAUUGGCAGAGGAAGGUUUCUACUUCGUCGGUAAGCAUUUGUCAGGCCUUCUCAAGAAAAAGUUUCAUCAAUUAAUUGAUGAACAGACAGCUUCUCCACAAGAGGUGGAAGUUGUCAUGGGGAGAAAAUUACAGGUGCCACUGGGUGCCAACGGCUGUGCUCUCUUCCCUUUUGAGGAAUUAUGCGACAGGCCUCUUGGGGCCGCAGACUAUUUUGGGCUGUUUAAUAAAUUCCAUACACUUGCACUCGAUGGCGUGCCAAUUUUCGGGCUCUCCAAUAGGACUGCAGCGUAUCGGUUUGUCACUUUAGUUGAUGUUAUGUAUGAGAAGAGAGCUAGACUAUUAUGCACUGCUGAGGGGACUCCAUUUCAACUUUUCGAACGGAUUGUAACAAUAGCUGAUGCUCAACAAUUGGCACCGAGGACCUCUUCAAGAUCGAGGAAAUCCGAUGACUCUGACAUUUGUGUGGACAACGAGUUAGGUUUUGCUAAAGAUCGCACCAUUAGUAGGUUAACAGAGAUGAAUAGCAGAGGGUACUUGGAGCAACAUGCGGAAGCCUUGAUAGAUGGAUAGAUCUACGAGGAGCUUAUUUUACUCGAAUUGAGAUAUCGGCUCGGCCAUCAUGCCAUCUUUUGAACUAAUCUGCUAACCUUUCAAAUUAGCCCAAAACAAGCAAGAAUAAAGUUGACUGAGUAUGCAGACAUGGUGAAGUUGAAACAAGAUUUCCUGUGGCUUUGCCUUUUCUUAGGAUUACUGGCUGUAAUCUAACUGAAGUGGUUUAUGGAAUAGGUAGUUGUCAGUUGCCUUGUUCAGACAUAUUGAGGCUGCAAAUGUUUGGUUUUAUAAAAACUUUAAUGUGUUCACCAAGAUUGUCGGCAAAAUAUUGUUGAUGCUUUAUUUUGUUCUUGAUAUGCAAAUAGGAACAAUUGUUCA